AUGCAUUCACCAGGAUAUAGUUUUUUAAUUUUACACAGUUGUCUUCUAGUCAUUGAUAGCUUUGUAAAUUCCAGUGAACACAUAUCCUCCACCUUAGCAAUUCCAUCAAUGAUGUUGUCAUCAAGUCGAGAGACAGAAAGUGAAGAAAUGAAUGAAUUUAUUAAAAAUUAUACAACUGUACACAAUGAUGAUAGGAUAACUAUUGAACAUCUUAUAUCACAGUUUAUUGAUCUACACCAGUUGAAUGCAUUAGACAGAGAACAAAGCUCUAAUGAUGACAAUAACAGAAAUACUAACAAUGUUAUAUCAUUAGUGAAUCGUGGAUUAUUAUGUCGAAAAUUAUUAACUGAAUCGUUAAAAAAUGAUUCAAGUAAAGAAGAAAGCUUUUUUAAACUGUUGAACAUUGAACAUAGCCAGCUGAAUGAUUCAACAAUGAAACAAAAUAAGACAACAACAAUGCUGAUUAAUCAUUUAUGCUUUCUUGAGAGUAGUCAAUACUUUGGACAAUAUUAUUUUACUCAAUGGUCUAAUUCUACAGAAAGAUAUUUAUUGAAAACUAUUCUAAAGGAUACCUUGAUUCCAUUGAUAAAUUUUUUAAAUAUUCUAACAAUGAUUUGUUUAAAUUGUCCAGUUUAUAGUAUACUUAGUCGUAAGAAUAAACAAAUCUCUGUGUGGUUUUUAUUAGCGGCCUAUUCAAUUUUAAAGACGCUGCAUAUAUUUAUAUCAGAUUUACCUAAAUUAAUAGUCAAUUUAUUAAUACUGUAUAGUAAGUAUAUGACAGAGCAGACAGACUUAAACAGAGAUACUACUAGUACGCAAAAGAAUGUAGGCAGUGGCAAUGUGAGCAGUUAUCAAACAGCCAGUAUUGCUACUGUUAGCGGUAAACUGAAAAAUUUCAUGGAUUACAAAAUUUAG